AUGGCUGAUAAAUUUGCUGAAGAAGUCAUGAAAGAAUCAGUAAAACUUCUGAAACGAAAACGAACUGUAACUCCCCCGAAUAAAUCUCCUACUGACAAACGAGCGACAAAAAAAGCGGCUCAACGAGCUGAAGCGGAACCCUCGAUUACUCGACAACUAUUUCAAGACUCGGAUGAUGCGGGGAGCAGUGACGACGAGGAAAUAAAAGAAGAGAAGAGAUUACGUGGGCUGAAUGCCGGUAUAAAAAAAGUAUAUACUGACGAUAUCAACAGCUACAAAAGCUCAUAUGCAAACAACCUGUACGAGAGUAUCCGACAAAGAUUUGGCGAAGCUAUUGAGGCGCGCAAAGGCAAAGAAUAUUUUGGAGACAAUGCUCCGAAACCGUCAAGAAAACAUAAAAUGUCAAAGACUGCUAUGAAUCAGUACAAAGCGGAAAUGAAAGGCUGGCUCGAUGGGAUCUUUAUUUAA